UUUAAAUUCGGAAAUUGCUUUUUAACGCCUCGUUUUUACCAAUAAAACUUACAAUAAUCAACUAUGCAGUCCGACUAUAUGCUAUUUUGAUAUCUUUUGAAUAUUCGUAUAUAUAUUUACGUGUUUAAGUUUCUUCUUCGGACGAUAUUUGCAUAUCGACGGUGUCCUUAGUUAAAAUUUUUGUCAAAAUAUGCAACAAGUACUUAUCAGAAAAUUUUCAGACGAAGCGACAUAAUUUUUACGAUUAUUAGAACAUUUUAGUAGGGCCCGCAAGUGAGUUACCGUGGUUACGGUUUGAUUCCGGAAGUUUCUCUGCACAAGACAAACAUGGCUGUGCAAAGCUGGAUCGACAACCUAAAAUCGGCAAAGAAGACUGCUUUGAUUCACGAUGGGAAAAGGAAGGUCCACUACCUCUUUGCCGAUGGAAAAGAAAUGGCAGAAGAGUAUGACUUGAUAACAGAUGAACUCGUUGUACGGAAGUGGCGUCUCAAAAGCACACUCGGAGCGGUGGGUCAAUGGCAGGUCGAAGUUGGGGAGCCACUGAUUGGUCCUGCCACCUCUUUGGAUGCUGAGAUGCUAAAAGAGAACUGCUCCAAUCCUGUGUUUGUACGUAAAGAUACAAAGAGCAGUUUUCAAUGGAGAAUCCGGAACCUUCCCCACCCGAAAGAUGUCUUUAAUGUUUCAGCGCAUCCACCUGAAAGAUGUAUUGUCAUUAAAACUUCAAACAAAAAGUAUUACAAGAAAUUUGGUAUUCCUGAUCUGGAUCGCAGUCAACUUCCACUGGACAGCGCUGCUUUAAGUUUCACUCAUGCAAACAACACUUUGAUAGUCAGUUACAAGAAACCCAAAGAGAUUUUAAAUGUUGAGCAGGAGUUGAUGAAGGAGCUGAAGAAGCUAAAGGGGACGAGUGAAGGGGACAUUGACUGCAAAACUCAGUGAAUGUCAAAUUCUGGACAUAUGUGAGCUCAAUGUUUAACUAUAUUGAAUAUAAGUUUGAUUAGACUGUCCUUACAUAUUUGUAGAUAUUUCAUCUGGUAAAUACUUUUUCCUUGUGUUCUCCACCAUACAUUAAAAUAAACACCACUGACAAGCCUUUAGAAAAACUUUCUCUCAUUAAAACAUUUCAAAACAGUUUCCUAAGUUGAAAGUUGAGAUCGGACUCUUAAUGUUACUUCAUGGAACGUGAGUUCAUGCCUCCCUCUCACUCAAAUCCAGUGCACUGCGGUCUUGAUGGGAGUCACACAGCCUCUCACCCUCCUUUCAUCGAUGUCUGUGUAAAGCACUUAAAACACACAAUAACCCAACUCCGUUCAUUCCAGAGUCACUUACAAGCAUGUCCCAUUUGUGUAAAUUGAAUGCUUCCAUGUUCGCUGUAUAUCGUGGGCUACCCUGAAAGUCAUUAGUGAAGUUUUGGUGAUCGAGCUAGCUAGUAUCUAGUGUUUAACUGUUUCCAUGCAAGCCCAGAGGUUUUAUGAGACUUUGGCUUUGUGGUCAACAUUAUAGACAAAAAUUGGGUUAAAUACAAAACAAUACUCAAGACUGUUCCAAAUUGAUGCACUGUAACAUUGUUGUCUACAUGGCACACAUAUUUUGUCAACGUUUUCUGUCAGUGAAGUUCUCCCGAGCAAUUAGUAUGAUAUCUGAUGACAAGUCAUGGCCUUUAAUUUGAGAAGCCACAAUUUUUCUGGCUAUCCUAACAGCCUCUUUGAUGUUGUUUAUCCAUUCCCCAUCUGCCAGAAUUUGUAAUUAUUUACCCAUCCCCACAUCUGCUUUGAACGUAGAGCAGAACAUUACAUGACUUGUCAUAGUAAUGUUUUCUACACGGCAAAUUAUCUGUACGUGGAUUCAAUUUUUGCAAUUUGUGUGUUGUGGAAGAGCUUGCUCCAUGGUAACGGCGUGGGUUCAAUUCCCAACAGAAAGGGACGCAAAUCAUGCAAAUGACUCGCUGUGGUGAUCGCUGUUGGGACCAGCCAUAAGUCACAUCAGCAAGUGUUGCAGAAGGACUUUUGUUUUUUAAAAUACAUUAAAAAAAGCAAGAAGCCAUAUCUUUGGGAUUAUUAAAAAACCCUUCAAAAGAAAUAGAUGUGAAACAUUUUUAAUAAUACAUGUUUUUAAAAAACGACAACAUCUUCCAAUGCAAAACUCCUUGAAAUGAUGGCAUAUAAUUCAUGUUUCAUAACAGCAAGUUGGCCAGAAUUCUAGUGUAACUCAUUGCAAGACUUGCCAAUGUUUUGGACUUUGUCACUGCAGGGAGUUCAAGCAGGCACGGUGACAAAAAAAACAACAUCCAGUCAUGAACCCAAUGUCGUGCUUUAUUGUGUCUGAGAUAAAGUUCUCAGAGGUUGUUGUGAAAAUGGAGAAUAACUUUGAGUUUUCACUUUCGAAGGGAAAGUAUUUAAAUACACAAUGCUUCAACCACGGAUUAUUUCCCAACACAAUUAAAUCGAUUGUUCUCUCUGA